AUGCCCGGUCCCAGGGGUGGUGUCUUUAGGAGAUGCCUCUCCACACAUUUAGAGGGCCACGUUGAUCUGCUCCCCGGCAGAAGGGAGUCCUUCAAGCAGGUAGCCCGCAGGGAUGCCGCGUUGAAGCAGCUGUCAGAGCUGCGGGCUACCAACCCUCAACCUCCCAUGGCCUCCGUGUUGGACCUUGAAGACAGCCUUGCCUCUGAAUGCCGGCUCCCGUCCUGCAUUCAGAGGGAGUUUAGGAUCCGGGAGUUGGAGGUACUUGAACAUAAAACUGUUCAAACAUACGGCCACGCCCAGGUGUACCUCACCGCAGAGGAGUACGGGUGGUGCCGGAGAUGGCUGGGCCUUCUCCGACGCACCAUCCCGAGCAGCAUUUAUUUUUUUUGUUCUUUUGGAGAAGGCCCAAUUAAAGAUUUACGGGGCUACAUGGGGCGAGCCUGGACCGACAUGGGCCUGGGUCCAGUGCCCACAUUCAUGGACAUCCGGACCGCUGUGGCCACCUAA